GUGACUGGCGUCCUCGGCAACGGCCUCACUUAUUUCGUUCAAGAGAAUCGCGAGCCCAAGCAUCGUGCCGAGCUCUUUCUCAUCGUCGGCUUCGGCUCCCUCGUGGAGGACGAGCACGAGCGUGGCAUCGCACACAUAAUAGAGCACCUCGGCUUCUCGGCGACGAAGUCGUACGAGAACCACGCGAUCGUGAAGUUCCUGGAGUCUAUCGGCGCCCCGUUCGGAGCGUGCCAGAACGCAUACACCUCCUUCGACCGCACCGUCUACACACUGCACGUCCCCACGGACAAGGAGGGUCUCGUUGCGGAGUCCCUCACGGUGCUGCGCGAAUUCGCUUAUUUCACGCGCAUCUCGGAUGAGGACCUCGAGAAGGAGCGCAAGGUCGUCCUCGAGGAGUGGCGGGAGAGCAAGAACGCCCAGGGGCGCCUCUUCGAGGACUACAUUAACGCCCUGUGCAAGGGCUGCAAGUGGUGCGAGCGCCUGCCGAUCGGCACGGAGGAGGUGAUCAAGGGUGCCUCCUCGGAGACCUUGCGAUCCUUUUACCGCCGCUACUACCAUCCUGCCAAAAUGGCAGUGGUAGCCGUCGGAGACUUUGAUGGCAAGAGCGUCGAGUCCACCAUCAAGGAGCUCUUUGACAUCGCUCCCGAGGCGAUCGACCCGCUGCCGCGAGAUCCCGUGGCGCCCGAACGGCCGGUCCACCUCGUGCCCGACACCGAGGGCGUGCUGGUGGCGAGCAGCACAGACCCGGAGCUCAGCUUCGCGCAGGGGAUGGUGGACUGCAAGCGGCCUCGCAGGGCCGUGUCGAGCACGGAGGGCCUCCGCAGGAGGCUGACGGAGGACCUGUUCCACAAGGCCCUGAGCUCGCGGCUGCUGAAGCUCGUGAUGGAGCCCAAGGGCCCUCGCAGCUUCUUCAUGGUCCUCAUCUCCCUGUCGCCCCUUCCGGGCCGCAUGCGGCCGGCGUUGCGGGAGAUCUUCCGGGAGAUCGAGCGCGUGAAGCGCAUGGGCUUCCACGAUUCCGAGGUGGCGCGCGCGAAGCGCUCGGUCCUGGCCGAGUUCGAGGAGGAGUACUGUAGCUUCUUCCUGGACGGGCAGCUGGCGCCCGGCGCGGAGCAGAGCGCGCAGCUGGGGGCGAGCAUCGUGCCGUCCAUCACUGCGGCCGAGGUUUCACGCGUUGCGGAGGAGUUCCAGUUCGAGAGGAACCUCGUGGUCAAGAUCGCGACGCCGCCCAUGUCGCUGCGGAACCCGCUCUACACGUGCUGGAGCGUGCUGCAGGCCAUCUGGAACCGCGUGCUGCCGCGGCCCAGGCUCGACCUGCCGAGCAGCGCCGAGCUGUCCGACAUAGUUGCCAGCGUUGCGAAGGAGGACAGCGCCCGGGCGCGCCAAG